CCUCGUUGAUUUCCACCAAUCAGAACGCAGCUUGGUUGCUGCUCACCCAAUGGGAAGCCAGGAAGCUCAUACUGUCUGUGUGAUUCCACAGAAGGAAGCGUUACCAAACACUUUAACAAAGUUUUAAGUGUUCAGAGAAUGGCAGACAAGACUGUGGAUGGAGGUCCAUGGACGGGAUGCGCAGUCAUGUUUCUGCAGUCGCUGUGUCCCGGUGUGAACCUGCUCUCUCUCUACAAAGACCCACAGGGAAAGUUCAUCAUUUUCAAAGUCAUCAAGCUGACACUUACAGACUCUGCAGGAGGCCUGGGUACAUUUGAGAUCCUAAAGGUCCAUGACGCCGAUCCCUUCUUGGGGGUGGAGGUGAAGUUUAUGAAUGUGGCAGCAUGUCGUCAGUUCCUGGAGAGCUACAGCUCUGGAGCGGUGAGGCAGUAUCUCUGCCAGCACGCCUGCCGGCUGCUCGCUCUGCCCCAGGAGUUAACUGUGGAAACCCAGCUCAAGGCAGGCACUCAUAUUCUGGAUCGGUGUCUGGACAAGCUGGAUCUUUGCCUACAGCACAUCAACCUGUCACAGCCGGAGCGCCUGCGCGAUGAGGAGAUCGAUGAGCUCGAGCAGCAGCUGCAGAGUCAGGCCCGCGGUCCUGCCUCACAGUCCGUCAUCACGCAGGAAGAGUCUCCCGUUCCCAGCAACUGCUUCAAGUUUCAGAACAGAGUGUUUGAGGACCGAAUGCUGACAGCGGCAGAUGUGCAGAGCUUUUCUAACGGAGUGGGCCGUCAGUGGAAGCACGUAGGGAGGGCCUUGGGGAAGAACUGCCGCGCUCUGAAGGGCCCAGCCAUAGACAACCUGGCCUACGAGUACGAGAGAGAAGGGCUGUAUGAGCAAGCCUAUCAGCUGCUCAGCCGCUUCAUCCAGGCGGAGGGGAGGGCAGCCAAGCUGAGCCGACUGGUCAAAGCACUGGAGGACUGCAAACUCACGAGCCUGGCUGAAAAUAUUCUGGACCUGCAGCCGCGAGAGUAACUCUGAGUCUGAGCUGUGAAAACAGAGAGGGGGGCGGAGUCCUCUCUGUGCAAGGAGUGGCGACUUUGUCCUGCCUGCUUAUGUUAUACACACAGUGUGUUUGUUCUUCACGUCUGUCAUCGACACCAUCCCAUCCUUCAAAUCAUCCCCCGUGUGUGUGUGCGUGUAGGAGUGUGUGUGGGAGUAUGUGCGUAUAUUAAAUGAUUCACGUCUUUGCUUUUCAAUUAUUAGUAUUAUUGAUAAUUGUUUUCAUUUAGUUGAAUGAUCUGUCACCACUGUUUAAAAAAAAUGCUGUCAUGAGUUUAAUGCACUGUUUAAACCGUUGUCAUCAUGUUUCUCCUUUUAAAGUCAAUUUACAGAUGGAACCUGUUGGGUCUUCUUUCUAAUGAGUGCGAAACAGUUUUUUUUCUCCUACAAAAUGGGUGCAUUUAAAU